AUGGCUAUCCCACAAGCACAACAGGUAUCACCUACCGGAAGUCAAUGGACCACAGGUAGCGGCGAUUCACGAACUGGGAUAGACAACCAAUCACCACAUAUCGCCGUUGACAUGUCGGCUGAUUCGGCUCAACCUAAAAGACCAUUAUCUUAUCUACUAGCUCAUACAAACAGAGAAGAGUACCUCAAGACAGGUGUUCCCCUCUAUAAGUAUGCACUUAAAGGCGACUGGGAACUGGCGGAAAGAAUCUUGAGAAAGGAUGAGAAACUUCUGAGAGCUAGCAUAUCUAGAGCAUGUGAAACAGUCCUUCACGUUGCAGCGGGAGCAAGACGUACUCACUUUGUAGAGAAACUGAUCAGCAUGAUGGACGUAGAAGAUCUGGCCCUGCAGGACAUCAAUGAUAACACUGCCUUGUGUAUUGCUGCUUCGGCUGGAGCUGGAGACAUUGUACAGAUUUUGAAAGAAAAGAAUAAGUCUCUACUAUCGAUCCGAGGCGGCAAAGGUAUGACACCAGCCUAUAUGGCUGUUGUGUUGGGACAGUCGGAAAUUGCAUGGGACCUGUACAACUACGCUGAAAAUAACACGAUGUUGGAGAAAUCAGACCGCGAGAACUUGUUUUUUUCUUGCAUCAACAAUGGUUUGUAUGAUUUGGCCUUACAUUUGCUGAAGGACUGCAGAACAUUAGCAACAGCACGUACCGCAUCGCAGAAAUAUAAAACGGCCUUGCAUUUACUGGCUCGAAGACCUUCAGCAUUUGGUGGCAGCCAAAGUCCAGGAAUGUGGAGGAGACUUAUCAACUCAUUACAAACUUUUCAUCAAUUUUUCCCAGGUUUGAAGUUUGCUUGCAAAAGUAAGUUGAAACAAACCAAUGAAGCUCUUCAACUAGUCCGUCGUCUUUGGGAAGACAUUUUAAAGGAUGAGCAUGAAGACGUGAUGAAGCUAAUCAACUAUCCUUCAAAUUUAUUAUUUGACGCAGCAGAAUUGGGGAAUUAUGAGUUUCUAUCAGCACUCAUAAACUAUUAUCCUGAGUUAGUAUGGGAAACUGAUGAAAACAAUCGAACCAUAAUUCAUGUUGCAGUUUUGCGUCGUCAUGAGAGUAUCUUUAAUCUAGUGCAUGAGAUAUGCUCAAUAAAGGAUGUCGUAGUGACUUAUGAGGAUAAUGAGGGCAACAAUAUAGUGCAUAUGGCUGCAUAUUUAGCACCUCAAAACCAACUGAAUCUGGUCUCGGGCGUAGCUCUUCAAAUGCAUCGAGAGUUAGUAUGGUUUGAGGAAGUCAAAAGAAUUGUUCAACCUCAGUUUAUAGAGAUGGAAAACAAGCAAGGAAAAACACCUCAAGAACUAUUCACCGAAGAACACAAGAAACUGAUGUGUCAAGGAGAAUCAUGGAUGAAGGACACAGCGACUUCAUGCUUGAUCGUUGCAACUAUUAUUGCAACUGUAGUGUUUUCAGCUGCAUUUAGCAUACCGGGUGGCACAGAUGAUCAAACAGGAAAGCCCAACUUCUUGAAAGCAAAAAUGUUUAUGUACUUUACCAUAGCCGAUGGCGUAGCACUCUUUUCGUCUGCAACUGCAAUGCUAAUGUUCUUGUUCAUACUGACCUCGCGGUACGCAGAAAACGACUUUCUCAAAUCCUUACCGUUGAAGUUGAUGAUAGGAUUCACUUCCCUGGGAUUUCUCAGGCUUCAGUAUAUAAUUGUGACUGUGGAUUUGGGUUUACAUGAUGUGCAUGGUUAA